AGCAGACUUCCCAAGAACAUCGGCUCAAUGACAUUCGAUUGUCAGACUCCACUUGUAUGACAAACGAGUUUGCUAUUUCCCUGACUGACCUGACGCUUAUUUGUCGGUAGGCAUGAUCAGACUACUUACAGAGAAUGAGACUGUAUGUAUGGAUGUGUGGCUGUCGUCUGUUUCCUCUCCUUGGCUUCAGGCAUUUGCCAGCUAGAGCGCUGAAUGGACACGUUAUCAGCUGGGUCGCUCUCAGGCAACUCGUCCUCCCCACCGCUCUUCCCCUCCACAGAGCCCCUGUUCGCAGGGCUGGACGACCACACGCUGCCGCCUCCCCCGCCACCCCCAUUCGCCGACGACGGCAACAACUUCUCGCCGCUCUUCCCGCGACACCCGAGCGACUCGAUUAUUGGCGGUCUGCAGCCCUUCUCUCUCGACCGGUCGAAUGGCGGCAGCCCGCCCAACAUGAGGGGAGCGGCGAUGGAUGACGACGGGAGUGUGCUGCCGAUGAUGGCCGACGUGGAGGGCGACAGGCGGGCGGCGGGGAGGCAUGCGUCCGCUCCGGUGAUGGGGGAACUUUCGGAGCAGGCCAGGAGGGAUGAAGAGGCCGCCUUCUGGGAAAUGAGGAAGCGGAUGUUUGAGGCGUCAACAAACGGCGGCAGCCAGCCCCCCCACCCGUCCCAUCGCAAGGAGAUGGGGCUGGUGCACCGCCCCCGUUUCCUCUCUAUGGACAGCCGCACGUCGCCACUACCCACCGUAAGGGAGUCAGUAGUGGCCGAGGCGAGCCCUUCACCAUCACCACCCUUCCAGCAGGAGACUGCAGCAGGGUCCUCAGAGGGUGCACUGGAUGCAAUGCGUCGGCAGCUGAGUGACCUGCAGAGUCAGUUGCGUGACGUGCAGCUGCGGAUGGGUGGAGGCGGGGGAGGGGAGACCGACGCCAUCGAGAAGCAGCUGCUGACGCUGGAACAGGCGCUCAAUGUGUCCAGGCAGGCCCUGCCAUGUAAGUAAGCUAAGCCGACUGACUGACUGACUGAGUCAAUGAGUGAGUGACCGGGAGGGACAUGCCAGCCGUUGGUUGAAUGGGCUGUGCUUUGGUGUGGUGUGUUGGGCUGGCUGCGUUGUGGUGUGCAGCUUCUGCUGACCUGGAAAGCCUUCACUCGAUCACUGCUUCCAUGUUCCAAGAAGGGGUGAGCACACACACAAGCGCACACGCACACACACACGCACACUUCUCCAUUCCUGCCUCUCAUCCAUCUCUCUCUUGUUUCCUUCCUUCAGAUUGUGCGGCAGCAGAAGCGCCACUUCUCACUUCCGUGGGGUUCGCAGAUCGGUGGCCAGAAGGGCAUUCUGUUAAACCGGGGCCCCGGGAUCGACUCCGCGCCACCGCUUCCGGCACCAUUCAUGUCCUCCGAGCCCUCUGGCUACCCAGGGGAAGGGACGGAGGGGGGCGAGCCAUCGCAGCCGGGGGCGCACAAGCGAUCGUCUGCGGCGGGCAACGAGGUGAGUGUGCGCAGGGCUCUCUGUCGCGUGUUGGGUUCCUGGAUUGGAAGCGAAUGUGUCUGUCUGUUGUGUCGUUUGUGCAGGGGCCUCCGCUUAAGCGUGUGUGCGAGGGGGAGGAGCCUGGCCCGUCGAGCGCCUCUCCCGGGGACAUGGACGACGACCAGCCGCGAUCCUCUGAGCCGUCCGAUGAAUCAGCGGCAGCCCAGGGCCGCAGGAGGAAUGUCCGCCGCCCGUCCAUCAAGAAGGGCAUGCCGGCCACGGGUGGCGCUGCCGCCACCGACAGCCGCCCAUUCUUAUCGGUGCCAGUGGCCACACGACGGUCCAAGCGAUGGGGCAGCAGCUCUGAGGAGCAGCUCAAGCAGGAGGCGGCGCAGAGGGGGCUGUUGGUACCGGAGGGAGCAGCAGCUGGGGGAGAGGCGACAGGGGGGGAGGGGACAGCUGAAGGCAUGCUGCCAUGCCAGCUGUAUGCCCGGAGUCGCGGUGUUCGGCACUCCCAGGAUCCGCAGCUGCCGUGUCAGUGCCAGCUGUGCGCUCGGUGGCGGCGGGCUGUGCAAGAAGAGGCCGAUCGGCAGCUGAGCGUCAUCAAAAGUGACCUCAACGCCAAGACAAAGACACUACAGUAAGCCAAGCCACACACAACACAGAGGUGGACGGGGUCUGGUCCAGCUGCCGUCACUUGAUGCUUGCUUGUCUGCUGCUGCUGUCCCUUCCUUUCAGAGAGCUUCAAUCUCAGCUUGGCGCCGACAUGGCUCGGACGCAGCGGCUGAUGUCGGUCAUCAAGACACUGCGCAUGUUCACCCUCCCGGCCUACGCGUCUCGGGCCGACCAGCUGCUGGCUGUGGUGAUGCCGCCCGCCCUCACGCCCAUCCCCGAGUCGGCAGAGAUGCCGCCGCCAGCAGCAGCGCAGAUAGUACCACCCCACCCACCGACAGGGGCCCCACCAUUCCCCCCUCCCCCUGGCGGCCCCUGUCCCCCCUUCACCCCGCCACCGCCCUCGGUAGUGCAAUUUCCGGGAGGCAGUGUCGUCCCUGGCCGGGCGGCAUCGGCAUUCAUCCCCCCACCGGGCCCUGCGGUGAGUCCAGCCACCGCACCUGUGUUGUCAGGGGCGUUCCAGAUGCCGCCAGCUCAGCGGCCGCCGCCGAGCAGCCAUAGCCAUGUGGGGGGCCCGCUGGGCGUGGCCAGACCCCUGCACCCGCUGCUGUCCAAGGCGCUCCCAUUUCUGGCUGGUGAGGCGCCCAGUGGUGAGGGGAAUGGGGUCGGCAUACGGUCGGGGAGACGGCACACGUCACUGCCACCGGGUACACUGGGAGGUGGCGCUGAGGGACGAGAGGGGAUGAGUGAGUGACAGUCAGUCAUUGAGUGGACGGACGGCUGGUUUGGUUUGUUGCACACCAUAUGUACCGAUGUAUGCCAGCCAGCCAGCGAGCCAGCCAGCGGGGCAGACGACAGGAUGGGAGUCCGUCAGUUUAGUGGUUGAUGUGAUGGGUGCCGGGACGAGAGGGUGCAUGGCAUGGCAUGAAGACGUACGUACAUAACUGUGUGAGCCAGGGUUUUCUCGCCUACCUACAGCUAUCCAUCUAUUUAUCGGCCCACUUUUCUUGCCUCCUCUUUGCAGUCAGUCAGCGAUUAUUGCUCCUUGACCGGGUCG